AUGCCCCCUCCCCGGCUUCCCCCACACACCUUAUCCGCAAUUCCGCAUGCCGCACGCAGGCCUCUCCGCCAGGCCCCCAGUGCCACCCGCCUCCCUCGUGCCGCAACUCGGCCAGCUAGCCGGCCGCCCGCUGCCUCCCACCCCUCACUGCCUAGGCCUCCUCGAUGCUCGUGCCGCCCACCCUUCCCUCGCACCGCCAGCAGCUCCCUGACGCGGCGACCGGCGGGCUCACGAGGCAGCGGCGCGGAUCUGGUGAAGGAUCUACUCGGCGGCCGCAGGAGGCGGUGCGGAUUAGUGUGGGAGGCGCCAGUCCCAGGCAGCUGCGGUGGUAAUGUGGGACGGAGAGGCGACAGUGGUGGUGACAGUGUUGGUGGCGGCAGCGCUGAUCCAGGAAGCGGUGGCGUGCAAAGAAAUCCUUGUAUGGGCUCGAGGAGAGGAUUGCCAGCCUCAGGGUUGCUGUUGCUUAGAAGAGAGCAGAGGUUGUCCAAAGCUUGCUCAAGUGGAAUUAUAAACUACAAUGAGUCUCAGGAUCAAAUGGAAGCCAUCAAGGCUCAGCCUGCUGAAGUUGUUGCUCAGGUUUUGCCAUCAAGUAAAUUUCUUCGAAAUGUUGGCCUUGAGCCAACAUUCGCUAAGAGAAGUGCUACUGCUGUUGCAUGUGUACAAGAGUUGGAGAUUGAAGUUGCGGCAGAGAAGCAAGUUGUUGCAGCACUUAUAGAUCAACUUCAUGGCCAGCAGGAUGAGUUGGAUGUAUUGAAGAAGGUGGUGGAGUCAGAGGAAGCAAGGGAGAAGUAG